AUGGGCAAUGUGGCAACCCGCAAACGGCCCGGAAUUCAUCCGGAAUGCCGUGGAAAUGAGGACGACGAGGAUGGCGGUCCGGCACGGAAACGCAUUCGGAUCGACGACGGAGGAGCGCAUGUCGAGAACGAAUAUCAAAAGGUUUUCCCGGUUUUUUGCCACAACUAACCCCAAAAUCUUCAAAAUUCGGUUGUGCACCUUUUAAAAUGCUUUUAAAAGUUACUGUAGCCGAUAAAAAGCGCAUAGCACAAUUUUUCACGAAAAUUGCCAAAAUUUAGCUGUUUGAAGCUGUUUCAAUUGAAAAUCUGCAGAAAAACAUGCGAAUCGUUGUAAUUUGAAGGCGCUUUGCUGCAAAAAUCGCAAAUGCGCCUUUAAACUAUCAAAUGACUCCAGUUGGAACGUGUCACGUCAUUCGCUGCGCGCUCAAUGAUCAAAAUCAGAGUCGGGCAGAAAAGUCAAUAGAAAGUCGGAUGUUAAGACACAUUUAUCGAACCGAUUUUUUGACUACACCACAAAAAAGUCUAAUUUUCUCAAACUUUUCCAGCUCGCCUUCAAAUCCCGUCUGCAAAAGUUGCGAAAAUGCCGUCCGCACCUGCGGCGGAGGACGUACAAAGUGGAAGAAGGUGAGCGUGCGCCGGAAUUGACGCGCAAUCGCGUACCACGUACUUUCGGCGCCAGCCCCGAAUUGUUUGUUUUGCGGUCGGUGUAACCGAGCCGUUUUCAUCGACGAAUCCACUCGAAUUCGAUUUGAUUUAUCAUGUUUGACAUGAGCAUCAGCUGAUAAAAUAAAACAAAAGUGCGGCUGAUAACAAACAGUAAAAAGAACUGGUACUGAUCUUCGCGCCUCUUCCAGCCGAUCCUCGACCGCCGUUGCCUCGUUUUAUUGUCGAUGACGAGUAUGAGAACUAUGAAAAACGUGAGUUGCUUUCGUUCAAAUUUUUUGAGAAAAAAAAAUUUUCCAGCCGAAGGGCUCAAAAAAGAGUACGCUCUGCCGUGGUUCGAAAUGCUUUUUCUUCCCGAAUUUCCCACUCGGAGCAUCAUAAACGAAAAGAGUUUUGUGGUAAGAAAUUGUUGAUUUUUCUGUAUUUCUCCGUACUUUUUCAGCUGGAACGUCAACUGGGACGUGGUUCGUUCGGAGUCGUCUAUUGUGCGAGUGCAAUUCACGACUCGGAACGGAAAUUCGCAAUAAAAAUGCAAGAGAAACGAGAAAUUAUCUCGAAACGCGCAGUUUUGCAAGUGAAAAGGGAAGCGAGCAUUCAGGUAAGCCUCAAUUUUAUUUUUGUCCACAAAAAGUGCAAACCCGCUCAAAAGCUCUUUUUUUCCGAAAAUUUGUGUCGCCUUUAAAUUUGCAAGACUAUUGUAGUUUUGCAAAAAAUGCACCAAUCGGGAAGGGAAAACCUGCUUUUAGAUAGAUUUUGGCAGGUUUUACGUGAAAAUUAACAUUUCAUCGAAAGUUAACAGGAAAAGUGUGUUAUUCACCUUUAAAUUGAGAAAAUUACAGUUGUUUAGUUGAAAUUCCAUGAAUUUAUGUAGAAAACAGUGUUUUAGUCGGAGCUUCACAGUUUUCAAGAAAACCGUAAAGCUUCUUAGAAACUAACGAAAACAAAGUGUUCUGUGUGAAAAUACUGUAGCUGGGUCACAAAAAACCGUUUCAGCGUCUGCUGCCCGCGCAUCCGUUCAUCGCUCGCACGUAUUCCACGUGGCAAACGCGCACACACCUCUACUCACUGCUACAGUACCCCACCGGCUCGACCGGCGACCUUUUUUCGGUUUGGCGUCAGCGGGGCAGUCUUUCCGAGAGUGCCAUCAGACUGAUCGGAGCUGAAUUGGCGUCUGCCAUUGGUAACAUUUCAAAAAAGUUUGAAGCAAAAUGUUUUUGUCGUGUUCAGAUUUCCUGCAUCGGCACGACGUCAUCUAUCGAGACGUGAAGCUGGAGAAUGUGGUGCUCGAUCAGUGGGGCCACGCAUUAUUGAUUGAUUUCGGGUUGGCGAAGAAGUUGAAAGAGGGCGCGAGCACGGGGACCAUCUGCGGCACCCUCCAGUACAUGUCGCCCGACGUGGCGUCCGGCAGGACCUACUCGCAUUACGUGGAUUGGUGGUCCCUCGGAGUGCUCCUCCACAUUUUGCUCACCGGAAUCUAUCCGUACCCGAAUUCCGAGGCGACACAUCACGCCAAUUUGAAGUUAGUCUUGUUGAACAGCGCCGGUUUGAGGGUAUAUCUUGAAAACUAGAAGAGCUAGCGAAAAGUAUCAAGAUACAAAGUUAAUCAGCGUGAAAUUCUCUAUAAAAUGCUUUAAGUUUGAUGAUUCUUCCCUCAAAGUAUCGUGAGAUCCAAUGCUCGGUUCGCAAACAACCAAAUUUCAGGUUCAUUGACUACAGUACCCCGCUGGGCUGCUCCCGCGAGUUCGCCAACCUCAUGGACCGGAUGCUCGCCGUUUCGACCGCCCAUCGGCUGUGCUCUUUCACAGUUUUGCACGCGCACCCGUUCUUCCGACCCGUAAACUUUGCGAAAUUGGAGCAGAAGGAGUACACGCCGGCGUCGGAAAUCGGAAAUGCCGAAUAUGACACGUGUCAGAGCAACGAAGAAGUGCUGGAUGGCAAUCUGUUCAAGGAGAAUUACGAUGUAAGCGUCUCGCAGCGAAAUUUUUAUUUUCGAGUAACAGUAAUGCGCCUUUAAAUUGAGCGAGUGACUAGCCACUCAACUAAAAUCGAUAAAUCGGUAAAUCGCUUUCAGUUCGACCGUUUCGACUACUUCAACGACCGCUUCUGA